AUGCGCCGGCCCAAUCGGACAAUAGGACGGGGUUUCGAGCCUCAGUCUGGGCCCGUUGCGGUCGGUGGCACGCAUCUGUCCGAGGGCUGGAAGCGGUUCGGGGGUCCGGGGGUCCGGGGAUCCGACGGACGGCCCAGAGAUGCCGGAUAUACCCUAGGCUCGAGUCUGGGCACACAACAAACACGACUUGUGGACCGCGAUUUGUCCACUUUCACUUGUGCCCACCACGUACAUCCGGCUCCGGUCUUCACUUCACCAGCCUGUGCACCGCUUUGUCAACUGGUGUGUUGUUGUUACUUGCGUUGGCGAUCUUGCCUAUGCCUACUUGAGAGGGGCCGCGGGACAAAACGCUCCGUUGACCCUUUGACCCCUGCGCAUCGGGCCGAGACGCCGACUGCCUUUGCGCAAGCCGAUUUGAUGCGUAAAUGCAUAAAAUUGCCCCCGAAAAAUGCAGUCUCUUGCAAAAAUGGGAUGUGCGCAGAUACACACGAAGAGGUACCACCGGACGCACUGGCUAGCCGACUCACUCAAUCACUUGCACCGAGGCGACUGCCAUUGUGCUCAUGCACCAGCCUGUAUGUAUGCCGGCGUGAACCCCUUCAAACGGAACCCACUAGCCCCACGGCCUCGGCGCUUCUCGUCCGACCCCAACUGACUCUCGGACGGCGAUGCCAUGCUUCAGCUGCUGUGCCACAUACCUUUCGUCAUUGUGCACAUUCCUCUUCUGUGAUUUGCUUCCUGUCGUCGGUCUGUUUGGGAAUAAUGCAGGUCGGCAUAAAUAAACACAAGUAUAAACAGGACUUGACCGAUGAAUCUGAGUUUGCCUGA